UGCAAUGACACGAUAUGCUUCAUGUUGAUCCCUGACUCUAAUAUAGUCCCCCAGGAGGAGGAGGUUGUUGAUAACAGAAAUGUGAUUCAACAUUAUGUCGUAAGUGCAGAACCAACAUUAUAUCGUUCAAGAAGGCAGAAGUGUCCUAAAUGUGGUCAAAAAGACACUAAAUUCUUUUUGCUAACGACUCGCAGCGGAAAACCAGCAGGGCGUUCUUAUAUUUGCUGCAAUUCGGACUGCCUCCACAGAUUCUGGGAUGACGACACCUGGAUCGACGACUACGAAAACUAAAAUUAUAUUAUUUGUUAAUGUGAUUAAACACAUUAUAUUAUUUGUUGAUGUGAUUAAACUUAUAUAGUAGUUG